AGUUUGGUCAGUCAAGUGCGUUUUGCUAGGCGUGGAGUAAGAUGAACGCGAACAGAAACUUUUGAAUUUUGAAGUAAAAUUUAAAUUUAAGUGAAAGGUUCGAAGUAAUUGUUAAUUGAAAAAUAAAUCAAAUGCAGUUUAGCCUGAUCUGAGGAAAGAAAGAACGAGUGCUAAGCUCAAUGAACUUUCACUCUCCGCUCUCUCCCUAUACAUCGCGCUUCCAGCGAGAAAUCUCUGCUGAUCGUUCUCAUUUCCACGUUCGCUUGGCGUUUUGAUCAGUUUCGAAUUUGACUUAUAGCGACGCUGGUCGGAGCUCUCUCGGCAAACAAAAACCGUGACAAGCAAAGAUUUGAGCAAAGAUUUGCCCAGAAGGGGUCUUGCUCGACACCAAUAAUAAAAAUGCCGCGAUAGAAGUGUGUGUGCCAUUGACCAACAUUUUAAUAUUUUUAAAUUGUUUCUUGUGUGCUCACGAAACGUGUUCAUGUGGCGCCUCAAUUGAUUUGAUCUUAUUUCACCAAUUAUCAAAGUGUUAAGUCUGCCAUACGAAAGCAUUUAAAUGAAGUAAUACAUAUGUAUAAAUGUACAUAUAUACACUUAACCCACUGCUGAGGUCUCCAGCUUUCAGUGCCAGUUUGGAGUCCACGACGGAGAAGUUAAGCCACAACUUCUGGCAUCAGAUUAAGAGCUAAACCUAUUUCAGCAGUAGCCGCAAGCAUUUGAACACCCCACUGACGAUGUUUACCGGCCGGCGCACUAUGGCGGCUACGUUAACAGAGGCUACGAUGAUUUAGACAGUUCCUACUACUUUGCCCAGUACGAGGCGAUGGCAGAUGCCGGCACCGUUGGAGGCGCCUUGCCGCCCUACGCACUUACCAACUCGGACGAAGAACAUGGCAGCGGGGAAGAGGACGCGUCGGAGGAGAACUCCAACAAUGAAGAGGGAGAGGGAGUGUUCCGGGACUGCACAGACGAAGCGGUUGUCGAGCAUCAUAACCGCUGCCUGCCAGAAUUUCAGUUCUCUCUAGUCGAUUCUGAGUACGAUGAGACCCUCGCUUUUCCUGAUUCUGUGACCAUUCUAUCCAACGUGGGCGACAAGCCGGUGCUGGUGGAGCGCAAGGAGACGGACGAUGAUGAGGAGGAGUUCGACGACGAGGAAAACAACAGUGUAGUCCUGAGACACGAAAUACCAUUUACUAGCAUAUACGGGCCGAGCGUCAAGUUCAACUCGUUCCAGCGCAAGGUUUUCAUCCCGGGCCGUGAGAUUCAUGUUCGGAUCGUCGAUACGGAGCGUAGCGUCACUACACAUCUGCUAAACCCCAAUCUGUACACAAUCGAGCUGACCCACGGUCCCUUCAAGUGGACGAUCAAGCGGCGAUACAAGCACUUUAACUCGUUGCACCAGCAGCUCAGCUUUUUCCGCACCUCGCUCAACAUUCCUUUUCCCAGUCGCAGUCACAAGGAGAAGCGUACCACUUUGAAAGCCACAGCCAGAGAGAUGGCUGACGAGUCCACUCUAAAGGACCUUCCUUCUCACACCAAGGUCAAACAAACUAGCACUCCGCUGAGGGCUGAAGGCAGAAGCAGUAAAAUCGCGGGCAGUAACGCCAACAAUGCCAUGGCUAUGAUCAGUCCCAAUCACAGCUCCAUUCUGGCGGGUCUAACACCACGACGCAUUCAAAAGAAGCGCAAAAAAAAGAAGAAACGGAAGCUGCCGCGAUUCCCAAACCGUCCUGAGAGUCUGGUCACCGUAGAGAAUCUGAGCGUCAGAAUAAAACAGCUGGAGGACUACUUGUACAACCUGCUGAACAUCAGCUUGUACCGAUCUCACCAUGAAACGCUAAACUUCGUUGAAGUGUCUAAUGUGUCCUUUGUUCCGGGAAUGGGAAUUAAGGGCAAGGAAGGCGUGAUUUUAAAGCGAACUGGAUCAACGAGACCAGGGCAAGCAGGAUGCAAUUUUUUUGGGUGCUUUCAAAAGAACUGCUGUGUGCGCUGCAACUACUUUUGCUCCGACGUAGUUUGCGGCACGUGGCGGAACCGAUGGUUUUUCGUAAAAGAGACCUGCUUCGGCUACAUCCGUCCAACAGACGGAAGCAUCCGGGCAGUGAUCCUCUUUGAUCAGGGCUUCGACGUUUCCACGGGUAUCUAUCAGACGGGCAUGCGCAAGGGCUUGCAGGUACUGACGAACAACCGUCACAUUGUGCUCAAGUGCUGGACACGGCGUAAGUGUAAAGAGUGGAUGCAAUACCUCAAGAACACGGCCAACUCGUAUGCGCGCGACUUCACCCUGCCCAAUCCGCACAUGUCCUUCGCUCCGAUGCGCGCCAACACUCAUGCCACGUGGUAUGUGGACGGCGCCCAGUAUAUGUCAGCCGUGGCCGACGGCUUAGAGGCAGCCCUCGAGGAGAUCUAUAUUGCCGACUGGUGGCUCAGUCCCGAGAUAUACAUGAAGCGACCCGCACUCGACGGAGACUACUGGCGAUUGGACAAGAUCCUGUUGCGCAAGGCCGAACAGGGAGUGCGCGUCUUUGUGCUGCUCUACAAGGAGGUUGAAAUGGCACUUGGCAUAAACAGCUACUACAGCAAGUCCACGCUGGCCAAGCAUGAAAACAUCAAGGUCAUGCGUCAUCCGGACCAUGCUAGAGGAGGUAUUCUGCUUUGGGCACAUCACGAAAAGAUCGUCGUAAUCGACCAAACCUAUGCGUUUAUGGGAGGUAUUGAUUUGUGCUAUGGACGUUGGGAUGAUCACCACCAUCGGCUAACGGAUCUGGGUAGCAUAUCUACGUCAUCUUUUUCUGGCAGCACGCGUCGAACGCCAAGUUUGUACUUCACCAAAGACGACACGGACUCAGCUUUCGGAUCACGUAAGUCCUCGCGAAACGCUCACUACGAUACCUCCGCCAAGGAAAGGCCACCGUCCCCACCCCCGGAUGAGCCCAAUACUAGCAUAGAGUUGAAAACUCUUAAGCCUGGUGAUCGACUGCUUAUACCGUCUACGCUCGUUUCGAGUCCGGGUGAAACUCCCGCAGAAUCGGGAAUCGCUUUAGAAGGGAUGAAACUCAACACCCCUGAAAUGGAGCGUAAGAACGUACUCGAUCGCCUGAAGAACAACGCGAUGAAGGGCGCCCGUAUGGGCAAGGACUUUAUGCACCGUCUAACAGCUACUGAGACGGAGGAAAAAUCUGCGGAGGUGUACACUAUCGAGUCCGAGGAAGCUACGGACCACGAAGUCAACCUUAACAUGGCUUCAGGUGGGCAGGAAGUGGCGAUUACCACUAGCAGUACACAAAUACUCAGUGAGUUCUGCGGCCAGGCCAAGUACUGGUUCGGCAAGGAUUACUCCAACUUUAUACUUAAAGACUGGAUGAACCUAAACUCGCCGUUCGUGGAUAUCAUAGAUCGAACAACAACACCGCGGAUGCCAUGGCACGACGUGGGUCUGUGUGUGGUGGGUACUUCCGCUAGGGAUGUGGCCCGCCACUUCAUUCAGCGCUGGAAUGCCAUGAAGCUGGAGAAACUACGCGAUAACACGAGAUUCCCCUAUUUGAUGCCAAAAAGCUAUCACCAAGUGAGGCUCAAUCCGAACAUUCAGCAAAACCGUCAGCAACGGGUCACGUGCCAGCUACUUCGAAGCGUCUCUGCCUGGAGCUGCGGCUUUAUAGAGGCGGAUCUUGUGGAGCAAAGCAUCCACGAUGCCUACAUCCAGACGAUCACCAAGGCGCAGCACUACGUGUACAUCGAAAACCAAUUUUUUAUCACUAUGCAGUUAGGCAUGGGUGUGCCAGGUGCUUAUAACAAUGUGCGGAAUCAAAUCGGGGAAACACUCUUUAAACGGAUCGUUAGAGCGCACAAGGAACGGAAGCCUUUCCGAGUUUAUGUGAUUAUGCCGCUCCUACCGGGCUUUGAGGGUGAUGUCGGUGGCAGUACUGGGAUAGCAGUCAGAGCAAUUACACACUGGAACUAUGCGUCCAUUUCCAGGGGACGCACAUCAAUUUUGACCCGCCUGCAGGAGGCGGGUAUUGCCAAUCCGGAAAACUAUAUCUCAUUCCACAGCCUGCGCAACCAUUCUUUUUUGAAUAACACACCCAUAACAGAGUUGAUAUAUGUCCACUCAAAGCUCUUGAUAGCCGACGAUCGCGUUGUAAUCUGCGGUUCGGCAAACAUUAACGAUCGCUCUAUGAUCGGAAAGCGGGACUCCGAGAUAGCGGCUAUUCUAAUGGACGAGGAGUUCGAGGACGGACGCAUGAAUGGCAAGAAGUAUCCGAGCGGAGUGUUUGCCGGUCGCCUUCGAAAAUACCUUUUUAAAGAACACUUAGGCCUCCUGGAAAGCGAAGGUUCCAGUCGGUCUGACCUGGACAUUAACGAUCCUGUUUGUGAGAAGUUUUGGCACGGCACCUGGCGUAGGAUUUCAAUGCAGAACACAGAGAUUUACGACGAGGUGUUUAAGUGCAUCCCCACUGACUUUGUAAAAACCUUUGCCAGCCUUCGCAAAUACCAGGAGGAGCCGCCUCUUGCCAAAACCGCCCCUGAUCUAGCUGCCAACAGAGCCAACGACAUUCAGGGUUACUUGGUCGACCUGCCAUUGGAAUUUCUGAACAAGGAGGUUCUCACGCCGCCUGGAACUAGUAAGGAGGGCCUAAUCCCUACCUCUGUAUGGACAUAGUCUGUCAAAAGUGUCUAAGAUUUUAGAAAGCUUAAAAACCACUUACCAUUUACCACCCACCAAAAGCACUAUCUUUAACGAUGCCAAUGUCAAGUCAAACAUUUUGUAAAUAGUGUAUAAUAGCCGUAGAUAACUCUAGAUACUUUCAAGUACAUGUAGCUAUUCCUUACCAAUAGUUAAUUUAUUUUACAAUGUUUGUCUAUGUCCUCAAGUAGUUUUAAGAUUUUUGUUAUUAUUUUGUAUGAUGUUAAACAGUAUUUUAGACCGAUUUACACAAGUUUAUUAAAGUGAUAUGAAGUGCAAAUGAAGAACUGCAACAU